UGGCGGCCCGCGGCGCGUGCGCAGGCGCGGUACGCGGCCACCAGCGAGCGAGGACGCGAGCCGAGCGCGGAGGGUAGCCGGCUCUGGGCGCCAUGGGGCCCGGAGAGGAGCGGCCGGUGGAGGCGGGCGCGUGCGGAGGCGUCUCCGAGCUGGAGCUGCUGAAGCUGCGCGCCGCGGAGCGCAUCGACGAGGCGGCCGAGCGGCUGGGGGCGCUGAGCCGUGCGAUCUGGAGCGAGCCCGAGCUGGCCUACGAGGAGCACCAUGCCCACCGCGUGCUGACGCGCUUCUUCGAGCAGGAGCCGCCGGUUGCCGCCGCCUGGGCGGUGCAGCCGCACUACCUGCUGCCCACCGCCUUCCGCGCCGAGUGGGAGCCGCCGGGGGCCCGGGCGAGCGCCGCGCCGCGCCCGCUGCACGUGGCCUUCCUCUGCGAGUACGACGCGCUGCCGGGCAUCGGCCACGCCUGCGGCCACAACCUCAUCGCCGAGGUCGGGGCGGCGGCCGCGCUGGGCGUGAAGGGGGCCCUGGAGGGCCGCCCGGGACCGCCGCUUCCCGUGAAGGUCAUUGUCCUGGGAACCCCUGCAGAAGAAGAUGGUGGUGGCAAAAUUGAUCUAAUUGAAGCAGGGGCUUUUAAAAACCUUGAUGUUGUUUUUAUGGCCCAUCCAUCCCAAGAGAAUGCUGCUUAUCUCCCAGAUGUAGCUGAACAUGAUGUGACUGUGAAAUACUAUGGAAAAGCAUCUCAUGCUGCUGCUUAUCCCUGGGAAGGAAUAAAUGCACUAGAUGCUGCUGUCCUUGCCUACAACAAUCUGUCUAUGUUAAGACAGCAAAUGAAACCAACCUGGAGAGUUCAUGGUAUAAUAAAAAAUGGUGGUGUAAAACCCAAUAUCAUUCCUUCUUAUUCUGAAUUAGUCUAUUACUUCCGUGCACCCUCAAUGAAAGAACUUCAAGUUUUGACCAAAAAGGCAGAAGAUUGCUUCAGAUCUGCAGCUUUGGCUACAGGGUGCACAGUGGAAAUUAAAGGUGGAGCACAUGAUUAUUACAAUGUUCUUCCCAAUAAGAGCCUAUGGAAAGCUUAUAUGGAAAAUGGAAAAAAGCUGGGAAUAGAAUUCAUUUCAGAAGAUACAAUGUUGAGUGGCUCUUCAGGAUCUACUGAUUUUGGAAAUGUUACUUUUGUGGUUCCUGGAAUUCAUCCAUAUUUUUACAUUGGAUCUAAAGCCUUGAAUCACACUGAGCAGUACACUGAGGCUGCGGGGUCACAAGAAGCUCAGUUCUACACUUUGCGUACGGCCAAAGCUCUGGCAAUGACUGCAUUAGAUAUUAUUUUUAAACCAGAGUUGCUGGAAAGGAUCAGGAAGGACUUUAAAUUGAAACUUGAAGAAGAACAGUUUUUAAAUACAGUAGAAUAAAAGGAAGAUUUAGGAACCGCUUAUGAAUUAUUAAGAAGAUGUGAUUUUUUUUUUCUUUAAUUUUUGUUUAACAAAGGGGAAGACAUGCUUGUUUUUCAAUCUUAAAGGAAUCAAAUUUCCCUCCCUGAUAGGUGAAGAUGGGAUAUGGAGAAAACAUUACCUCAUAUCUAAAGUGAAAAUUUUUGCAAAUCUAUACUUGAUGUAAUUGUGAUAUUUUAGGAGC